AUGGGCCAGUUGCCAGCUGCCCGCGUAACAGAGUCGCCGGCAUUCACCCACACUGGCGUAGACUUGUGCGGUCCGUUCGAGGUGAUACCCGGCUCGCGAUCAAAAUACAAAAUAACGAUCUACGUGUGCAUAUUCGUGUGCGUCUCAACUAAAGCAAUUCACUUGGAAAUAGUAGAGAAUCAGUCAACAUCUGCCUUUAUCUCGGCACUACUCAGAUUCGUGUCCCUUCGUGGAAGACCAGAUAUUAUAUAUUCGGAUAAUGGUCGUAACUUCGUGGGUGCUGAAAAGGAGCUAAGUGAGCUUCGGAAAACGUUCAACAACCGAGAAUUUCAAGACGACGUAGUAGGGGCCGCUGCCGAGAAGGGAAUUCGAUUUUCAUUCAUCCCUCCUCGGAGUCCCAAUUUCGGAGGACUUUGGGAGGCCAAUAUUAAGGUGGCAAAGCGACUGUUGAAAGCUGCCUCUAAAGGAGCCCAGCUAAACGUGAUUGAACUACAAACAUUACUGCAUCAAAUCUCAGCCAUUCUCAAUUCCAGACCUCUCACCGCAACCCACACCAGCCCUGAUGCCAUGGAGCCUCUCACUCCCGCUCAUUUCCUGAUUGGAAGACCAUCAUUUGGAAUUCCCGCCGAGGUGACGGUCAUGAUUCGGAAGGCACAAAAACUCGAUGGAAGCGAGUACAAAAACUAUCACAGCAGUUUUGGACACGAUGGAGGACGGAAUACCUAG